UGGAGCAGCCAUUGGGGAAGUGUGCGGGGCUUUAACCGAGGACGGCUCUCUCUCUCUCUGGAAUAAAAAAAGAAAGAAAGAAAGAAAGAAAAAAAACACUGACUAAAAGGCGGACGAAGACAGAAACAUCCUUGAUCCCAAAGGGGGCCUGAUUUGGCACCACAGACUGUCCCCCUGCUGCAGCGUGAGCGGGACUGCUGCUGAGGGAACACUGAGAGAAGUGUGAAGUUGGAAACACUAGCACUUAGCCGCGGAGCUAGCUGCAGCCGAGCUGGGAACUGCAAAUCACGGGGGGAGAGACACUCAGUCACAAGCUCAGGCUCCGUGAGAAUCCAGGGACUUGCUUAAUGAAUUAUGUCUGCCACAAGCAUUGACCCUCAGAGAUCAAAGGGACAAGCAUCUAAAGUGCAAAAUGGCUCUCUGCAUCAGAAGGAGACUGUCCAUGACAAUGACUUUGAGCCAUACCUCACUGGUCAGUCAACUCAGAACAACAGUUACCAGUCAAUCACCGAUCCCUACCUGUCCAGCUACUAUGCUCCUUCCAUUGGAUUUCCAUACCCCUUAAGUGAGGCUCCCUGGUCUACAGGUGGGGACCCCCCUAUACCAUACCUCACACCCUAUGGACCUCUAAGUAAUGGCGACCAUCACUUCAUGCCGGACACAGUGUUUGGCCAGCCAGGCGGCCUGGGAAGUAGUAUUUACCCGCACAGGUUUAACUUUUUCCCUGAAAACCCUGCCUUCUCCGCUUGGGGCACAAGUGGAUCCCAAGGCCAGCAGACUCAAAGUUCAGCUUAUGGUGGCAGCUAUAGCUAUCCUCCCAGUUCCUUGGGAGGCACUCUGGUGCCUGAUGGUCAGACGGGCUUUCACAGUGACACCCUUAACAAAGCCCCUGGAAUGAACAGCCUGGAACAGGGUAUGGUUGGGUUGAAGAUCGGAGGCGAUGUCCCUGGUCAGGGUUCGGGAGUUAAGGCUGUGGGAUCUGUGAUCGGUGGACCUGCUGUGGCAGCUACAGGGAACGGAGCCACACCUAUAGGAAUGCCUCCACCUAAACCCACUUCCUGGGCAGCCAUUGCUAGCAAGCCUGCCAAACCACAGCAGCUGAAAACUAAGGUUAAACCAGGGAUGCCAAACCCGGGAGGUGCUCUUCCCCCGCCACCUAUCAAACACAACAUGAACAUUGGGACCUGGGACAAGGGCCCGGUGUCCAAAGUACCCACAGCUCCAAUGCAGCAACAACAGCCUAUGGGGAUGCCUCAUGCCAUGGCACCUCAAGGCCCAAUGCAGCAAGGACCCAUGCCACCCCCCCCUCACCAAUCCUUAGUGCAAUCCCAGAUGCAACCUAUGGCCUUACAGCCCCCCCAUCACCAGCACCAUCAGCCCCCACCUCAGCCCUACCAAAAUCACACCCAGCCCCCACAACCCCAGACCCGUUGGGUCGCACCACGAAACCGCAAUCAAGGUUAUGGUCAAACCGGCCCUGGCCAUGAUGGAAGUGGUGUGAUGGGUGUGGUUGGUGGUGGGCCCAAUGGGCCUCAAAUAUCUGUUAGCCAAGGGGCUGGUGUCGAGUCCCACCCUGUGCUGGACAAGCUGCGUGCCAACCAUAGCUACAACCCCAAGGACUUUGAAUGGAACCUGAAGAACGGCCGUGUUUUCAUCAUAAAGAGCUACUCCGAGGACGAUAUUCAUCGCUCCAUCAAAUACUCCAUCUGGUGCAGCACAGAGCACGGCAACAAGCGGCUGGACUCAGCCUUCCGGGCCAUGAAUGCUAAAGGUCCUGUGUACCUGCUGUUUAGUGUCAAUGGCAGUGGUCAUUUCUGCGGUGUGGCAGAAAUGCGUUCACCAGUGGACUAUGGGACCAGUGCUGGUGUUUGGGCACAGGACAAGUGGAAGGGCAAGUUUGAUGUGGACUGGUUGUUUGUUAAGGAUGUGCCUAAUAGCCAGCUGCGCCACAUCCGUUUGGAGAACAACGACAACAAGCCAGUGACCAACUCCCGUGAUACACAGGAGGUUCCCCUGGAGAAGGCCAAGCAGGUGCUCAAGAUUAUUGCCACCUAUAAACAUACCACCUCCAUAUUUGAUGAUUUCUCCCAUUAUGAGAAGAGGCAGGAAGAAGAAGAGGUGGUGCGCAAGACGUUUGAACCUCCACAGAUACAUAACCGCUCUCGGUUGGAUCAGGAGCGCCAAAACAGGAAUAAACAAUAGAACACAUUUACCUUCACUUUGAUCGACAGUUACACUAGGACUUGAUUUAAAGACAGAAGAAUAUGAAAAUGCAACAAAGCCCUUCAUUUUUGUUUUCUCUUUAAUCCUGGUGAAUCUCUGCCACUGUCAAGACAUGUGCUUUUUUUGCCCCACCUAUCAUCAAAUUUUUUUUUUUUGUGCAGGGAUUACAAGCUGAUUAUAUGUAUUACCUAGCUCCAACCACCACCUUUUUGUUCAAUUCGUUUCAACAUUAUUUUCUUCCUGUUCCAUCAUGGACUCUAUUCGCAACACUCUUUUUUUUUUUUUUCUUUUUUUUUUUGCCCCUCUCUUUUACCUCAUCCCCUCCUCUUUCCAAUCGAAUCAGGGUUUGACUGCACCAUGGAGAAGAAAAAAAGAACCUGCCACUUUAUAUUUCAGUACAAUCAGGAACAGAUGUGUCCUGCCCCUAUUUGACCAUUUGGGGGCAACAUUGCCAUGUUUAAUAGGUUUAACUGUGCCAACAGGGUUGGAGGAUCCUAAAGGCAAUGUCAGACUUGGAACUGUGUGAUAAUAAAACUCCAACGGUUUAACUAUUUUUCAUUCAAAUCAACAAAAUCUAUUUUUUUGGCUUACUACUGACAACUUUCAUUUCAGAAAUCUGUUUUCUGGAGCCUUAAUGUUUUUGUUUUCUAAUUAUUGGUGACUUCUCAAAAGAACUGCUCAAACAGUGACACUGCUGGAAAAAUCAGGGAUAGUGUGAAGUCACAUGGGAUUUGAGACAUUUCAGAGGAGGAAUUGCUAAGGCUUCUGGGAAAGAAAUAAUGGACGUGUCCUCCACAACCAGAACUCUCACCAUUUAAAUCAAAAAUUGUACUAAUUACACCUUUCACACCCCUCCUUUUUUCUCAUGUUUGUCUUGAGGGGUCUUUUGUAUGUUUCAUCAGGAGAUUCUGCUUGUGUACACAAUCCAGUCUGACGACUUGUCAUAUCCACCAUUUUAAAUUGCUUUGUCAGAAUUAUGUAAUGGUGUAACUGCUAAGUUGAAUGAAUUGUUGCUAUCGCAUCUUUGUUCCACAAAAAAAGGGGGAGGGUUCACAUAUUUGUCUAUUCACCGUCAUUUUGUCUUAAUCCUGUUUUCUUUCAAAUUUGGUUUUGCUAAGUCUUUCAUGUUGGUCGUGAUGCUAAGCUUUAACGUAGGAGCCUAUAUAUAUUCAUGGAGAAAGCCUAAAAAUGUAUAACCUUAAAUUUAAUGUAACUGAUUUACUAUCAAGUAAGAAAAAAUUACGAAUGAAAUGUGGUUUCUGUGUGUUUUAUUUUCUUGGUUGUUACUACUAUAGUUUGUUGUAGCCUGAAGCUAUUGAUUAUGAUACAGUAAGUUAUGGUAUGUCAAAAGGAGGGAAAAAAAUGUUUGAAAACUUGGGCAAAAAAAUAAAAAUAAAGAAAAAAUCCGGAAAAAAAAAAAAGUUAGAUUUUUGCGCCCAUGCAUGACAAGCUGUAAAAUGGUAAGUCUGCCGGAGAUGUUAAAAUUGUUCUCCAUACAGCUUGUCUUUAAUGUGACAUUGUUAUUAUUUGACAGGUAAAGACACGCGUGUCCCCUUGUUUAUCACUAAUUCUGGAACAUUCAGAGCCUGGAAGCGUUUGAGACUUAUUUCCCCUUCAUCAAUGUGAGGUUGCUACUAUUUUCUGUAUAGUAAAAGAUUUACAGUGAUGCAGAGAGAAAUGCUGCUAUUAGACAUAACGAUUUCUUUUAUCUCAAGCAGUUUAAAUUUUUCAAUUUUGAUUUAAGAUUCACAACCUCCCAUAAACUAAAUUCCUUUUUCAGAUUCCAAGUCAUAAUUUUCUGUUUCAAAUCUGACAGAUUUUCACCUGUGUACUUAAUAUGGCCUGGAUUGGGUGUUUGCAUUUUAUUUUGUUUUUUUCUUUUUAGAUUAUGCUUAAUAUUGUAUAAUCUGCAAUCUGUCUUGAUUAUGUCAUAUCUUUCUCCCAUUAUAACAGCAAAAUGGCGUGAGUAAUGCACUUUGCUGAGGUCAGCCAAAAGGAGCUGUAUGCUUCACAGGAAGAAGCUUCAUUGUAUUAUCUGGCCAGUGUAUGCCCUGUAAUGUAAUGAGUUAAACUCUUGACAGAAGUCUCUCUUCUUUAUGUACCUUUUACCUGCAAAAAAAGUUAGGUUGAUUCAAGCAAUAUGGUGGAUGCCCUUCACAUUUGCCUUUGCCAACACCACUCUACAUAAAGGAUAUAGUAAGGUGGAAGGAUGUCACCGAAGACUGUCAGUUAGAGCUGGGUUUUUUUUUUGUUUUUUUUUUUUUAACCUUCUCCCCCUCAGGAAGCAUGAGCUGGUUGUGAUUGUAGCACAGGGCUUUCAUGCAUGUUGAUAACUGUAAGAGAUGUUUGCUGUAAAAGGGAUGUCAGGUCAGACAUGAAAAGUCAACACUGCAAAAGGAUCAACGACAUGACAUACCAAACUGAUUAUCUUACAAGCCGCAGUUGUAGUGGAAAUACCGUGUUUAAAGGCUCUGUCUUGGUUUUUCUUUAUAGAAGAAAUCAAGCCUUAAUAAACUGUACAUGAAGAAA